AUGUCCAAUCCAGCCUCUGUCGAUGUUAGUCAGACAAGAUAUGUUCCGCCAGAGACCACAGGACACCUGGAUGAUCUCGAAGUAGCCAGCAAGUCCCUUUCGCAGGGCGAAAAAGCCAUCUUACAAGUCAUCGAUGCGCCAUAUGAUGGAACAACGCCGCAGGUCCGCGCCAUCUUCAGCUUUAACGACGACAUUGCUGAGGGAAUGAAGAGUCUUCCGCCACAUAGCACCAAGACUGCAAGGAUUUUAGAUGUCACUGUCCAUUCUGAUUUCAUCAUCACCGGCCUCAGAGAUACGAAGGGCCCAGAGACAACACGGUCAGCCAGAGAUGCCUUGAUAAAGUAUCUACAAGAUACAUAUACGCAACCAUUCGAGGAACGGCGAAUUUUCAGAUGGCUCAGUGAUCCGCUUCUCGUGAACGACAUUGGUAGCAUAUCCUCCCAAUGGUCUCAGCGUCUAGGCGGCGGCAGUACAAAUCUGUAUCGCCUUGUCAACCGUACGAGCUUGCAACAGCAUCCUUUGGAUUAUGACGUCCAUCCAAGAGACUCGUAUCUGACCUGUGUGCAAGAUGCAAAUGACCGGUUAAUAGUCAUCAUAGUGAACGAUGUCUGGUCCAGACAAACAUUUCGCACGAACAAAUCUCGUAACAGCCAUAUCCUUUUCCAAAAUCCUCGCACUAUUUCGAAUAUGCUGGCAGGGACUAGUUGGACCUCCCUCUCCGAUGGGUCCCUCGACACUUUCGCCAAACUCUUAGUCGUAGACUUCUUCCUUACGUCCAUCUACCUGCAACCCGUGGAUUACUACGGACUCCUGAUAUACCCACAACUGUCCAAAAAGGAAGUCGUAAAGUUUUCGCUCACUAAAAACCCUCAUCUUCAAGUUCCGUUAGGCCUCUUCGAACCUCGACUAUCUGCUAAGAGCAGAGAGGCAUUCAAGGAGAUAGAAGACACCGAAGGCAUCCUAAGGAGUGUCAAAAACUUGGUGGAUUCCAUUCUUUUUGUGGUCGCAGCUCUCAAGCAAAGUGACAUCGCAGGCUCACAGCAGUCUGACCGCAAAGAUCACGAGAGACGCAUACAAGAGCUAGAGGCAUUGUGCUUGGAGCGCGGCAACAACGCGCAGAGGGCCCUAGAGGCUCUGAACCGCCAGCUGGAUUACCUGACGAAGAGGCACGCCAUCCGCGAAGCCAAGGCGAUCAAAAUCUUGACGAUACUGGCCUCCUUGUAUUUGCCCUUGUCACUCUCAGCCUCCUUACUAGGUGUGCAAUCCCCUUUUAAAACGAUAGCCCACACCCGAACGCUGGAAGACCAGAAUUCGCCGGGAGACGAGCGAUUACUCGGAACAAACUUGCUCUUCGACUUCUUUGGCGUAUUCAUUGGGCUCGCUACCGCCACCAUGUUCAUCGUACAUGCUAUUAGACUCGGACUUUGGAUCAAAUCAAAUGGGCUAGGUAUACUAUCGAAGAAAUUCAGCGGCCCAUUCUCUAUAUUCCACUAUGGAAGGCGAUGGCGCUAUGGUGGACUAGGAGGCCGAAUUUUCGACAUCGUCCGCGUUCUCACUGCAUGGUGGAUCGGCGCCGGAUUCUUCAUCACGCUCCUGGUGAUAUUCAUGGUUGGCAUGCUCAGAACGGCCCAGAACGCAUGGGACACUGCCAAAUGGAUGUUCGGGGCGUAUAUGGUGGUUGGCGGAGUUCUCAUAGGGUGCUACGUCGUUAUAUACUGGUCCUUGCACCAGAAGAGGCUUCGGGUUCGAUAG